GUGCUUAUUUCAGAGUGUGCUGGGAAGCGUUCUCAGGACAGGUCCAGGAUCAAGCAAGCUGUCAGGAAAACUAGUUCAUCAACUGUGUAUUCUAAAUCUGGAAAUACAACUUUUCUCUCCGUGACGUCCAAACAUUGGGUGGUGUGGUGCACGAGAAGAGUCUGUGAGUCGCUUCUGCACACUGAACCUUGAAUCCGCAAAUACACGCCUUUCUCAUUCAGCUGUCACACUAGUUGUUGCGAGUAGUGGGGAUGAACAGGGACGAGGAAUAGGCUAUUUGUUUUACGGAAACAACAACAAUGCAUAAGACCUCUAAGAAGUGUCUUGGACUGAUUUUCGUCAGCAUUGUGGGGCUGCUAGCCUUGUAUCAUGUUUGGUGCCCUGGGUCCAGCUCAGAAGUUGACAUACAGCCACGACAGGGGGGUACAAUAAAGGAACUCCUGGAUGGGAAAAUUCGGGACAUCACUAGUGCAUAUAAUGACAUAACCUACCAUAUAAAAGAGGAUGUGGCAUGUCUUUUGGCUCAGAAUACUUGUGUAUGUCUGGCUGAUAAGGAGACUUUUAAACUGCCAUUCUCCAAUCUGUUCAACCCACAUGUGUGGGCCCACAAUUUGGAUGUUGCGUUUUUAGAGCCCCACCCGGACCCUGAAGGUGUAAAGCGUCACAGAGCUCAGGAGUACAGCAGCUUUCAGAGCAGGUCCUUCAGUCCUGCAAAUUUGCUUAUUGUAGCCGAGGCCAACAGUCCUCUUCAGUAUCCUACCCAGGGGGUGGAGGUGCGACCCCUCAAAACAAUCAUCAUUCCUGGCUUGGGUCUUAAAGAAGAAACAAAAUCAAGCCAUAUGGUGUCUUUGACAGCGAAACUGGGGACUUUUGAUGUUGCUGCUACAGUGGACAGUGUCUCUGUCAAAGGAGAUGGAGAGAUGCAUAUGAUAUUGUCGAGUCCUCUUCUCUCAGCUCUGAACCGGCAGCUGCAGUUCGUCACCUAUAGAAACACUGUUUUCCAUCCAAAGACAGCAGAUACAGUGGAAUUUGCAACUAAAGGUCACCAGUCAUUUUUCACCAUUAAAGUUGGUCAUGGAACCAUCCCCAGACUUUACAACUCCGGAUACCAAAGAGAGUACAAUAUUAGUGCCCUUGUUACCAUCGCCACCAAGACCUUUCUACGCUAUGACAAACUCAAAGAUCUCAUUGACAGCAUACGGCAAUAUUAUCCCACCGUCACCAUAGUGAUAGCGGAUGAUAAUGAACACCCUCAGCCAGUGACUGGGCCUCACAUUGAACAUUACAUCAUGCCAUUUGGAAAGGGCUGGUUUGCAGGAAGAAACCUGGCAGUGUCUCAAGUGACCACCAAGUAUGUGCUCUGGGCGGAUGAUGACUUCAUCUUCACUGCAAACACUAAGUUGGAGAAGAUGGUGGACAUCCUGGAGAAGACCACUCUAGAUCUGGUUGGUGGUGCAGUGCGAGAGGUGACAGGUUACACUGCGACAUACCUUCACACCAUUUCAGUGGAAGAAGGGGGAGAGGAGGGAGACUGUUUACAUAUCAGAAAUGGCUACCACCACGUCGUCAAGGGAUUUCCGAACUGUGUGGUAGCCGAUGCCGUCAUCAACUUCUUCAUGGUGCGAACAGACAAGGUGCAGCAGGUGGGCUUCAACCCCCGUCUGGCACGGAGCGCUCAUCUGGAGUUCUUCAUCGACGCUCUGGGCUCUCUCCACAUUGGCUCCUGUAGUGACAUCAUUGUAAACCACGCAUCAAAGAUCAAACUACCUUGGGGUCAAACAGACGAACAGAAGGCCUACAAAAAAUUCCGUUACUCGUCCUCCAGUGCUAAUAGUAACAUUCGUGAUGAAAUCUUCUACUUCAAGAACAGGUUCAAGUGCAUGACUAGUCCCUGAAACCACGGCUCCCGACAGGCAUCAAACAGCUGCCUUGAUGUAAGAAAAGAUGGGAUGUUGUUUUCGGACGGAGUAAAGACAGAGAAUGUAUUGUGUAUGUAUUUUUACAGCUUGUUUACUGGCUAAACUUGUUAAUUGACUGUGUAAACAGAUUUUGUUCUGUGAACAGAUCACAAUUCUUUGUUCUUGAUCCAAAUAUGCACUUAUAAUAGUACUGUUUUUGAGAAGUAAAUGAUGCAAUUGAUCCAAGACCAUAUGUGUUGGAUCACUACAAGACAUUAAGUAGUGAUUCAGUAAUCCCGGAUGUUUAGACUCUGACUGCCUUUGAGCUACAACCACUUGGAGAAGCAACAUUUCAAGUUUAAUGCUCACUUGCUAUUUAUUUGCUAAUGACUCAAGCAGGCAGCACAGAUAGUGACUCCUGUGCUGUUUUCGUUGCAUUUAAUUUAGAUCGUAUUCGUUGAUUUUCCUCCUAAAUACAAAAGUGUAAAUAUUUAUUUUCACUAAGCACUUGAACUUGAUCCGGCUACUGUAACUUUGAAUAAGCCUCCCUACUUAUUGCACAACAACUGAGUAUAUUUAAGCAACUGAAAGGCUUACUAUUCAUCAGACUUACACUGUCAUCACCACAAAAAACAGCUCAGCCCAUGGAUUUGUAAGAGUUGAUUACUCAAGAAUGUUUUUUGAAUUAUUGUGACAGACACUGUAUUUAUCACUGGGCACACCCUGCUGUGCAUGUAAACUGAAAAGGCUGUAAAGUGAGUCUUUGUACCAUUGUAUAGCUGACUUACUGAAGCACUAAUCUAGGCUUAAGUUUACCAUCAUCUGAUCUUUGCUAAAAAUAAUUGUAGUGAGGAAAUAAAGCUCAUGCUACUGGCUGUAACUAUUCAUUCAGGACAAAUAGAUAAUCACGUGAAAAUCUGUGCAGAGUAACUCAAGUCAAAAAGUAAAUACACCUCCCAAUUGUUUUAAAAUUACAGGACAUAAAUCCGAUCAUAAUAUAAUAAAUCAUUCCUCAUGUUAUCCAUUUCUUUGAUAUCUCUCAGCAUUUCUACCUGUUAUUCAGCUCAGUCUUUUUGUACCUCAGAAA